GGUUAUCAUGCCAUACACAUUUCUUUCUUUCUUAUCAUAUCUUUAUUUAUUUCCCCAUGGCACAAGAAUCAUUCAAAGUUGUUGAAGUUUGCAACAUUGAACCAUUUCAUGAACCAAAAAAACCUUCUCAAUCACCAACCUCACUUCCACUAACUUUCUUUGAUCUUCUAUGGCUAAGAUUCCCACCAGUUGAACGUCUCUUCUUUUAUGAAUUCACAAACUCAACCAAUAUUUUCUAUGAAACUUUUCUUCCAAAUCUCAAACACUCACUUUCACUCACACUUCAACACUUUCUCCCUUUCGCCGGAAACAUAGUUUGGCCUAUUGGUUCAUCGAAACCAAUCAUAAACUAUGUGCCCGGCGAUUUUGUUUCCUUCACGGUUGUCGAAUCAAACUCAAGUUUCAAAGAUCUUUCUUCUAAUCAUUGUGAUGCUUCAAAAAGACAUCAUUUGAUACCCCUUUUGAAUACUUCACAUGAAAAAGCUUCUUUGGUUUCAUUUCAAGUCACUUUGUUUCAAAACAAUGGUUUUUGCAUUGGAAUAACAACACAUCAUGCUGGUUUUGAUGGAAAAUCUUCAACAAAUUUUAUGAAAUUAUGGUCCUAUAUUGCACGUUCUAAUUCUAACCUUGGCUCAUCUUUUUUAUCUUUACCUGAAAAUGUAACACCUUUUUUUGAUAGAUCAUUGAUAGAAGAUCAUUACAAUGGAAUUAGUGAAGCAUAUGGUAAUGCUUUGAUGAAACAUGGUGGACCAAAUAAUAAAAGUCUCAAAGUUUGGGAUUCUUUGGGCAGAUCAAAAAAUGAUGCAGUUAAAAGGUUAUUUGAAUUGACACCUUCAAAUAUUCAAAAGCUUAAAGAAUAUGCAAAAAAUGAAAUGAAAAUAAACGUUGUAAAUUUGUCAACAUUUUCAGUUACUUGUGCUUAUGUGUUAUCAUGUUUAAUAGAAGCAGAACAACCAAAGGAUGAAAAAGUGAUUUUCAUAUUUAGUGUUGAUUGUAGAACAAGAUUGGACCCUCCAAUUUCUUCUAUGUAUAUUGGAAAUUGUAUUGCCGGACAAAAGGUUGAGCUUAAACCAAAAAAAUUUGUUGGAAAAGAUGGAUUUUUAAGUGCUUUAGAAGGGAUGAAUGAAGGUUUGAAUAUGGUAAAAAAUGAUGGAGUGUUGAAUGGAGUUGAAAAUUGGUUAGAUAAUAUGUUAAAUGCUAAGGAGAAAAUUAAAAUAUACUCUCUAGCUGGAUCACCAAGGUUUGAAGUUUAUAGUACUGAUUUUGGAUUUGGAAAGCCUAAAAAAGUUGAUACUACUUCAACCGACAAAACAGGAGCAUUUUCUCUUAGUGAAAGUAGGAAUAAUGUUGGUGGAGUUGAGAUUGGUUUGGCUUUGAAUAAGCAAGAGAUGGAAGUUUUUUCUACACUUUUUGUUCAAGGACUUGAAUCCAUUUAAAGGAAACUACUAGUUUGAAGGAAACACAAUUGUUUGAAUAUGUUUCAGGCAAUUUGUGUUAGUUUGAAGGAAACUAUUGCUAACUACCCCUCCUCCUCCUCCUCCUCCUCCUCCUCCUCAUCAUCAUCAUCAUCAUCAUUAUUAUUGCAAUAAUGCAAUCUUCUAGAGACUCUGCAUAGCCAGAGUACCCUUCAAUUUGUGCCCGUACUUGUUUCAAUUCAUCAUUGCUUUUAAUUUCUUGCUAUCUACCCUUUGUGCCAAGGUUGUCUUUUAAUUCAAUAAGGAAUUAAAAGUUUAUUAAAAAACAUACCGAGUGACAUGAAAUAUGGAAUUUCAUUGAAGUUUUAUUUUUCUAUAGGCAAAUGUUAAUAAGUUAGUGGGUUUGUAAGAUUCCGAAAUCAAAUUCGGGACUGUUUGAGAUCAAAAACUUUUUUGAUGUGUUUUAAUUUUUUUUUUCUUCACUUAAUGAUGACAACAAACCUU